CCGGGAUAGUAAAAUAAAUAUUGUUUAUUUCUUCCAAUACCGUGCUCAAUCAUAUUUAACUGUAUAGUAUAACAGAUCAAUAACCAAUCGACAACGAAAACCGACCUAAACAAGAAAUAACCAAGUAUUUUCUGAGAAUAGUGUUUAGUGACAUAUAGUGAAGUGAUAGCAAUAAAAUGUGUUUUUAAAUUGUAUAUUGAACCGUAAAUAUGAGUGGUUUGGGUCCUCCGAGCGUUUGGGCGGCGCAAAAGCGACUAGAGUCGUGGGCCAGAGCGGCGAGAGAGCGGACUUCCAGCGCAAGUAGCGGACAGAGCCACAAUUCCACGGAUAGCUUUGGUGACGAUAAGUCCCAUGGAAGCCCCAGUGAAAUGCUGAUACCCAAGGAACACUGUCGGAUUCAGCCGCUGAGCGAGACGCGAACCGCGACUUCCCUCCCGCACGCAAGGCUCGCUCGUACCCCCUCCAUUUCCUCACAGAGCAGCCUGGACAGCGGCACUUCUAGAGCCACUAGUCACCGCGGCUCCUCCCCAGCGAUACGCACAUUCGCGCCGGACGGGCGUACGCUCGAAGCGGGCAUCAGCGUGCCCCGGUCCCCCUCCCCGCUGCGAGCGGCGUCGCUGGACGUCCGCGCGGCGCCGCUGGCCCACGGGUCGUUGGCGUCGUUGGCGGAUACGCCAGCGCCUCCGAGUCCGAGGCACGUACCGCCAAGAUGCUUGUCGCCGCUACUUAUGCCACCGAGAAGAAUAGAUCGCAGCAACUCGCUCGUGGAAAGCAGUAGCGGUGUAGGGCCCCUGAGCCCCGGUGGUGGGGCUACGAUCAGUUCCCUGGGAGCCCUCCAACCAGACCUUUAUACGAAGAGGGAGGCCCCGCUAGUUAUAGAGUUGGAAGGCCCCGGACCCUCGCUGGGGAGGAUCCAUUUACGACUGAAAUAUGACUUUGAUCGAUCUGAUUUGGAAGUCCAUCUAAUUGAAGCGCACGACCUGGCGGGCUACGAAGCGGGCGGGUUCAACGACCCGUACGUGCGCGUGAGCCUCGCGCCCGAAGUGGACACGCGCGUGCGCCAGACGCCCGUGCACAGGAACGAGGCGAACCCCUUCUUCGACCAGCACUUCAAGUUCCCCGUGUCCCAUGACGACCUGUGCGAUAAGACGCUGCUGCUACAGGUGUUUGAUUAUGACAGGUUUUCGCGCAAUGAGGUGAUGGGCUCGGCCAAAAUCCCGCUAUCAAAGGUGGAAGUAGCUGGCGGUGCUGAAGUGUGGGCUGAGCUAUCUAGAGAGAGACGUCCGCCUGAAGAGUUACAGGAGCUGCUCCUGAGUCUGUCGUAUUUGCCUUCCGCUGAACGUCUUACUGUGGUCGUGCUGAAAGCUCGCAACCUUCUGCCGCCACAGGAAGGAAAAGAUGCCUUGGAUGUGUACGUGAAGGUAUAUUUACUGGUGAAUGGCAAACGUGUAAAAAAGAAGAAAACGAAUAGGAAGGAGAUAAACAACCCGGUUUGGAAUGAGGCGCUUUCAUUCAGUCUCUCCUCUGCCAACCUUCAAGAAGCUUCGGUAGAGAUUUGCGUAGUUACGGGGGGUAGCAACAACCUGGUGGUGGGGUGGUGCUGCGUGGGCGCGGCGGAGCCGGCGGCGGAGGGGCGGCACUGGGCGCAGAUGGCGCAGGAGACGCGCAAGGCCGUCGCCAUGUGGCACACGCUCAGAUAGACGCUCGACCGCCUGUGCGUCAUGCGAUCUGUUGACUUUUUCAGAUGCAGCUGGCUGUGUGUCGUAUUCUUGUCUUUAGUGUUUUGGAAUGUGCAACUAUAGUCUAAAUAUUAACACUUUUAACAACUCUUUCUUCAUAAGCGACGGUUCACUUUGUCUAUACUACCCUUCAUAGUAUAAAGCAUACACGAUACUAACGCCAUAGUUCGGUUUAAAAAUGCUGUUAUAUUAAAAUGCAUAUUUUCAUCAUUUCUCUCGUUGUAUGUGUUAAGAUAAGGAUAAUAGUAAUUUAUUUGUAUCAUUUCACUAACAGCGUAACAAUGAUUGAAUGAUGAUGUGUUUGAUUUAAACGUAUCUUACGAUUUUAUGUUGAAACACGAAAACAUUAAUUGUAUAUUCAGCACGUUAAGACAGGGAUUCGAUACGUUCAGCUAGAUCGUUGUGUCUUAAAAUGUUCGCAAUUCAGUCGCAAUAACAUGUCGUAGAUCGCCUGGAGUAGCUCCUAUCUGAAAGUUUACUUCGGGUUAUGUAUCCUAAAUAAAACGUCCGUAAAGGUGACGAAAAAGUAUAUUUUGGUGUCAGUUCACAAUUCUGUCCCUUCAAACUUUGCAUAACCUAACCCAUAUUCCUUACCCAUCAAUUUCUACUAAUAUUAUAAAUGCGAUAAUUUG